CUUCAAGUUAUUCUACAUAUAUUUUUGUUGACCCUACCCUGCCGCCUGCUCCACCAUUCGCAAUGUAUGCGAUCAACAACAGAGCGUACGGUCUGGAUACACAUUUUGAUAAAUUGUGGCGGCGAAUAAACGAUAAUGCCCAUCCGAAAUCGCUAGAGUUCUACGAACAUGCAAGUCAAGCGAACUACCCCAUUGAGAAUGUCGCAAAACUGGAGAAGUUUAUGGACUCACUUUCCAUGACAUCCAAGUCUCAACCAUUAUUGCAGACGGAGAGGCUUUUAAAAAUAAUUGCCGAAUACCCUGAGGAUGUGGUCAAUGGCGAUUACACGUCCUCAGACGUGAAAGUAUUCAUGACACACGUCGUAGACACUUCUUGGCUCGUAGCUGCCAAGGCUGCAGUGCAGACUCUCGGGAUUAUACUGAAUACACUAUCGGAUGAUGUACUCUCCCUCAACGACGAGAUGCUCUAUUGGGACAGCGUUUUGGAAUCCCCCUGGUCACUAGGGCUUUAUAUGAUCCAGAAUUCACCAGUGGUGCUUUGGAGCCGAUUUCGAAAAGCCUGGCGCCAUGCUAACUCUACGAACAACCGCCGGACGCCCGGCCAAACCGGUUGGAUGAAAUUCUACGAAUCUGUUCGUCAGUGCAUCCUUCCACAAAGGUUGCAUUUUUGGCGGGGAAGGAUGUUAUCACCACUCUCAAUAGCGAAGUCAGAUGUACGACAGAAGCGGAAGACCCUGAGCUCAUUGAAGGAUAUGAACGCUAGUAGCAUCGGGAUCCUCAUAAGGAAGAGUUUCUCCCGCGAAGUGGGCGAUAAAUAUUCAGGCGACGAUAGCUAUGGCAUGUUUAAUGAGAGCUGGCAGGUCAACGUUCUUGAGGGUGUGGCUUUGAUGAAAUUGCUCCUCGAAGAUCCGGAAAAGGAAAGUGCCACAUGGAAUUACGAAGAGCACAUAAACAUGGCGAUCAAUCAAGAAGUCUCGUCGAUGCGCAUGCAUUACUGCAGUGGUCUAUCCUCUGAGGGUCCGAGAUUCGUCAUGAGCCAAUUGGGCUAUAUACUUGAAAAGCUUCUACCGGCCUAUGCUAAAGCUUCAGCCACAACAAUCAACAACGCCGGUCGCCCUCAUUACCUAGUACGUUUUUGGUUACCCUUAACCCUUGCACUAUUUUCAACAAGUACAUCACUGGAGCUUUUAAGGAAUAAACGCCAUGAGCUCUUGGAAUGGGUUGCCAAUUUCGGUUCAACCACGAUCGAGUUUUGGAACAAUUGGGUUGUAGACCCAAUUCACAGGCUUAUCGGAACUAUAAGGCAUGAUGAAAAGAGUGAAAUUGCACUGAUGAGUAGAAACAGCUUGGAAGCCGAUCGAGCGAGUCUGGAAAGGAUGGUUGUGGACUUCAUUCUUGAUCGUUGUGAACCGAACAAAAAUGAUUAUGAUGCCUUUGAUACUCAUGUCAUCACGGCUAAAGUUCGGGAAGGUGACUUGACACCAGUGCUGAAAGCAUACGAAAAUGACCUACGUAGUCCCUUUGUUGGGACCAUUAAGGGUGAUUUGGUGCGAGCACUUCUAAUACAGAUACAGAAGACUAAAGUAGAUGUUGAGAUUGCGAUAGGGGGAAUUGACGCUCUGUUGAAAAGCCAAGAGCUGGUUUUCGGGUUUAUUGGACUAACCCCAGGCAUAAUGGUGUCAUAUGCGACUCUUCGUUGGCUUUACAGCUUGCUUGGCAGUCGAAGGGGCUUGCGAACGGGUAAGCAGCAGGACCAAUUGAGGCAUGCUUUGCGGGUUGUCCAUCGGACUUUAACAUCAUCUGUCCCCACUUCUGGCGAUACCCUCGCGUUUAGAGACUAUGGUCUCCUCAUAUGCAAUGCUGAAGUCCUACUUUCAAAGGCGCGGACCAUACUGAAAGGCGCAGAUCUCCGCUCAUUUCAGGAAGACAUUAAUGAAUUAGUCGAGCGAGAUACAAUUGACCGGCAACUCAAGGUUGUUGAAAGAAUGGGUUGGGUAUACUCAAGAUGGAUCUGAUGCAAUCCUGGAUGCUCACUUACUGGGGCACCUUUCUGCAUUGCAUAAAUUUUUCGGUGGAUGAUAUGUUGCGUAGCUUUUGGCUCUGGCUGCUGACAAUAUAUUCCCGACGAAAUCUCCUGUAUUAUCUCUUACAUUCUGCCUUAGACGUAUUAUUGAACAAUAAUAGAACAUCCUGGUGGUGCAAUUCACACCAAG